AUGUCCGAGACGACCCGCACGUUGAACUACUACACUAUGCCAGCGGGAUCUCCAGCCGGCAAAGACAUGUGGGUCAGGGAUGGCGGGCAGCCGCAAACGGGCGGGCUGCCGUCGCGUUCCGCGCUCGACGGCUCCGUGCAAGUCUUGUGCAGUGACGCGGAGUACACGAAGCUCGUCCCCACAGUAGGCGCGUCCGUCAUGAAAGCGAAGACGCGCGCCCAGAAGCCCACCGCCUUGCUCCCCCCUCCAUCCCUCCACCCGACCACACCCAACCCUCUUAGUGAACUUCCGCCUAUAUACGCCACGCACCUGGCCAUGGCCACAUCCCCGUACGGAAUCUUUCCCACUCUGAUUGCCCAUGUGGAUGUCGACAUCCCUCGCCAUGGCAUCAGUGAGGAGGACAAGCACAAGACGACCGAAUACUUCCAACGUCUCUUGACACUUCAGCACACAAACGCGACCCGCGCCUUCAAUGAGGACGUCCACACUGACAAAGAAUACCUCCAUCGUCCCCCGUCUUCUAUCCCAUCCGUGGUCACUCCCUGGAUCAAGGCUUAUGGCGGGCACGUCGACGUUUCCCUCGACCGGGUCGAAAUUCACUUCGGCUUCAACCGGGCCACCAUUCACCGCGACGAAUGGGUCUUCGUUAUUGCCGCUCUCUACGUAUUCGCCUUAGCGGGCCAUCCCGCUCACUGGGGGUUCUGGAACGAGGUGGUGAUUGAGAAAACCGCUCGCAGAUGUAUUCGAGUUCUCGGCGUAUAUCCGAACCUCCGCCCGCCCAUGAUUCCCGCUCACCCCACCGUCGAAUCCCUGGUCCACGCUGUACUUGUAAUGCACACCGGUCGUUGCUCGGCUCCUGCGGGCAUGGUGUUGCAGACGAACAUUCCCUCCGUCCCCACCGUUGCCCCCGCGCCGCCCUUUGCAUCCAUCCUGAAGCGCUCUCCAAGCCCGGGCGCCGUCACCAUGACCCCUCAGCUUCAAAAGCGCCGCAAGCUCACAGAGGGUGGAGCCUUCGAGCGCGCCGUAGCGACUCGCAAGUCUACCCGCACGAUCAAGCCUUCGCGCAUCGCCCAGCAAGUCGCGGCCGCGUCGGCGCGCGCUAUCGUCCUGAAGAGGAGGACGGUUGGACCCAAGGCACACGUGACCGCGUCUUCUCGCGUCGAGAACACGGAGGGGGAGUCGUCGUCCACCUCUUCUUCUUCUUCUUCUUCUUCGACCACGACCACGCCCACGACCACGACCACCUCCGGGGCCGCCCCGGCCGCUGUGAAGCCCGUGCUCUCGCUUCUCGACCUCGGUGCCCCGAUCUACGAGCUCUCGCCGAUGGGUGUUCCGGACGCGGAGUGGUCCGCCAGCGGGCUGUCGUCGCCGAGCAGCGCAGGGCCGUCCACGCCUGGGGAUUCCCUGGAGGUGCAUUUGCAGCGCGCGGAGUUGUUCGAAGGAACUUUGGAGGACCUCUUCGCUAUCUGCAACACGGAGCCGGACCUUCAGCGCGCAGAGUUGUUCGAAGGAACGUUGGAGGACCUCUUCGCCGUCUGCAACACUCGGCCAACCCCUUCGACUGCCUCCGGGGCCACCCCGACCGCUCGGACGCCCUCUCUCUCGCCUCUCGACCUCGGUACCUCGAUCUACGAGCUCUCGCCGAUGAGCGUUCCGGACGCGGAGUGGUCUACUGGCAGCGGGAUGUCGUCGCCGAGCAGCGCUGGGCCGUCCACGCCCAACGAUUUCCAGGAGGCGGAUCUGCAGCGCGCGGAAUUGUUCGAAGGAACCUUGGAGGACCUCAUCGCUCUCUGCAACACGGAGACACAGCUGUAG